AGCACUACUUUCCGAGAAAGUGAACAUGGGUUUCACAGAGAAUAAUGCCGCCCCUGUUGAUCACAAACGCCGCUUGUUCUUGGACAAUGGCACAAGAACUAAUCACUCAUCUAACUCAAAUUCCGUUCUUGCUCUCAGCACUGGUGAUCCGACGAUGUUUGAGCCAUUCUGGCGAAAGAUGGAGGACAAGUGUAAGGUCGUGAUCCGCGGGGGUGACUUCAUGAGCUAUUUCAGUGACGUAAAAAACGUAUGCUGGUUUUUGGAGCCCAAACUCGGAGAUGCGAUCAGAAGAUUGCAUGGUGUGGUCGGAAACGCUGUAACGGAGGAGCGGCAUAUCGUGGUGGGGACGGGUUCGUCGCAGCUCUUCCAAGCUCUGCUUUACGCUCUCACUACUCCUGGUGGUGCCGAGCCCGUCAGUGUUGUUUCCUCCGCACCUUAUUACUCGCAAUAUCCGGAAGUGAUAGAUUGCCUACGCUCAAGGCUAUACAAAUGGGAGGGGGACGCACAUAGCUUUAAAAAGGAAGGGCCUUACAUAGAGGUGGUCAAUUCUCCAAACAACCCAGAAGGUGGUCUUCGAGAAGCCGUGGUGAAGAACCAAGGUGAUCAAGGAAUGCUUAUUCAUGACCUUGCUUACUACUGGCCACAGUACACCGCCAUUACCUCUGCUGCCGAUUACGAUAUUAUGCUCUUUACAUGUUCCAAAUGCACUGGACAUGCUGGUUCCCGUAUUGGCUGGGCUCUCGUCAAGGAUAAAGACAUUGCUAAAAAGAUGAUCCAGUACAUAACAAUCAGCUCAAUCGGUGUGUCAAAAGAAUCACAGUUCAGAGCUGCAAAGAUCAUAGGAGUGAUUUGUGAUGGCUGUGAAAAUGUUCAGUCUACUGAAACGGACAACUUCUUUAAGUAUUCUCGACAUCUUAUGACUAAAAGAUGGCAAAAACUAAGAGAAGUUCUUCAACACAAUCGGUAUCUCAGUUUGUUCAAGUAUCCACGACAGCACUGCCUCUUUAUAGGAGAGUCUGUUGAAACACUUCCGGCUUAUGCAUGGCUGAAGUGCGAAGAAGGAAUAAAAGAUUGCGAAGAGUUUUUAAGAGGAAUCGAGACCGUUGGAAGAGGUGGAAAGCAGUUUGGAGCGGAUCCAAAGUUUGCUAGAGUUAGCUUGUUGUGCAGGGAAGACGACUUUAACCGAUUCAUAGAACGACUGUAUAUGGGCCAUCAAGGGGAAAGCAACGGACAUAAUUAAUUACAAUUUGGAGUCCUGGUGGA